AUGGUGCGAAUGAAACAAAGUGUAAAGAGAAGAACACUGUACAUUAGCCCAUUGGUCAGACCUGGGAUAAUCGAUGGGAGAAACACGUCAAGACCGAUCAGUCCUUGGAGGCAGAAAAACGAGAGCUGGAGACCUAAAAGAGACAAGGACGCGAAGAAUGAGCUGAAUGUAAUUUUGAGAAAAGCGUGUAAACUUGAAGCACUGCACAGUAACACAAAUGAGAAAAAAUGUAUAAAUCUCUCAGGACGAUUUAGGCGGUUUAGGCCAUCAAGAGACGCCCUGAAAGAAAUACGCAAAUAUCAGAGAGCUGUGUACCAUCUCAUUCCAAGAAUUUCCUUUCAACGACUAGUAAAACAGAUUACGUCAUAUAUAAGCAAGGAAAUGCGUUUCAAGACCGAUGCAUUACUGGCAUUGCAAGAAGCAUCUGAGAGCUAUUUAGUUGGACUGUUCAAGGACACAAAUUUAUGCGCUCUGCAUGGCGGCAGAGUAACUGUGAUGCAAAAGGAUCUCCAUUUAGCAAUGAGAAUACGCGGUGAAAAGUUGCUAUAG